AUGUCAACAAGUCGUGUUGCUGUUUACGGUGGUCGAGGAGGACUUGGUUCAGUAAUAGUUGAUUAUUUUAAAAAUAAAAAUUUUUGGAUAUUAAACAUAGAUGUUUUGAAGAAUGAUAUGGCUGAUGCAAAUGUAGUAGUAAACAAGGAUGCAUCGUGGACGGAACAAGAAAGCUUAAUCCUCAAAUCUAUUGAUGAAACACUGCACGGUGAACGUUUGGAUGCAAUAUUAUGUGUAGCAGGUGGUUGGGCGGGCGGUAAUGCCAGUAGUGAAAAUAUGAUUAGAAAUUCGGAAAUUCUAUGGAAGCAAAAUGUGUGGACAUCAACUAUAUCUGCUCGAAUUGCUGCAUUGUAUCUGAAAAAGGACGGUCUUCUUCAAUUUACUGGUGCUGCAUCAGUAUUGAAAGAUACAUCAGGAAUGUUGGGGUAUGGUAUGGCAAAAGCAGCAGUACAUCAGUUGACCAAAAGUCUUGGCACCAAAAAAUCUGGAAUACCUGAUGCAUGUACCGCUGUUGCUCUUUUGCCAACAAUGCUAGAUACUGCACAGAAUCGUAAAUGGAUGCCAAAAACUAAUACUGAUUCAUGGACGUCACUUAAUUACAUAGCAGAACUACUGCAUGAAUGGACUUUAAAUCCAUCAUUACGGCCUCCAAGCGGUUCACUGGUCGAAAUAAUUACACAGAACAAGCAAAAUGAGUUGAAGAUACACUGA